UUUCCUAACCCUUGUUUCCUAAUCCGCCUCUUCCAAUGCUCCUCCUCUUUGUGAUAUCUACUCCGCCGCCUGAAUAUUCUUCCCUUUUGUGAACUCUCAUUUCUUUCGUCUCCUGUUGUGGGUAAUCAAUGAUCUUCCAUGGUUAGCGUGUAUCACCUAUCUUCUGUAGCUUCAACAUGUGAGUGGUCCGGUUCAAUGUUUCAGCUGGACUGUACGAGGUGCUUAGUCAAUAGAAAGUUUGUUAAUCUUAAAGGUCGAGGUGGAAAGGAAUUGAUGGUUAUCGAGUUGUAUCUCCGGUUGGUUAACAAACAUUGCUGCUCUUUGGAUUCAGAUUUGACCGUGUAUCCCUCAAAUUUUGCUGGUGGCCCUUUUUUUAGCUGCCCGGAUUCUGCCCAGGCCUCUUAUUCGCUGUUCGUGUUCAAGAUUGCAUAGUGGUGAAGUCGCCCCUGCUCAUUUUCGCCUCAGUCGCUGCCCUUAAGAAGGUAACACUCCUUCCUUUUCAGCGUUCUCCUCGCCUCUGCUCCCAUCUCGAUUCGAUAUUUUUCGAUGUCGGAAAAGCUUUGUUAUAUGGCCAUUUAUUAUUAGUUAUUGCCGGUUUGUUGAAUGCUUCAAUGCGAUAUAUCUGUCCUAUGUGAUUCCAUUAUGUGGUCGGGUCAAAGUUUUAUAGAUUCACAUCUUAUAUUUGUAUUCCUCUGUUAAUCUUGGUUUGUCUUCAUCGGUUAUGAAUAUGUAAUAGUUUGAGAAAUGUUUGCAAUUUUAAGCUUCUAAAACGGCUUUCUAUUCCUUUGAUCUCGUCCUUAAUGUCGAACCCCCCUAGCUUCCUAUUUCAUAAAUGACUUGUGUGAAAUUCUAAUGUUGUGAUAUACUGAUUUGCCUAUGUUAAUACUAUUUUCCAAUUGUUAAAACAACCCUUUUUCCUCCGUAUGAUUUAAAAAAUGGCAUUACCUUGGGUGUGGCAUGCAUUUGGCAUAGUUUGUCAUUGUGUUAAACAAUAUUGCUCAAACAGUAACCUUUCCAGUGAAUAUCUUGUCUAUUUAUGCCUAUUUGAGCUUCUGUUCGACGUGCUUGAUUCAGUAAUUGAAUAAUGAUGUUAUCGUGUUUGGUUAUUUGGAUAUAGCAAUAUUAUCUCCCUAUUCAAAAAAUAAUUUUGGGUCUGAGUAGUGCUGAUCGAUUACUUGCUCGGAAACAUCCUUGUUUGGUAUAUAUAUUUCACGUAGAAUGUGUUUAUUUAUGGGUUCAAUAGUAAAAAAAAAAAUUUCCUUAGUUGCUCCUUGCUCAACUGACUAUAAACAAAUGUGUGUAUUGAAAAGGGUUGAAUUAUUUCUCUCGAAUCUGUUUCUAUUUAUUCCUUUUGUUAUUUUUGUUAUUUUCUUUAUUUUUAUUUUGUUGUCCAUAUGCCUAUGAUGCCAGCUACUAUAUUGAUUUUGUCAAUUUCCAAUGAUCAAUGUAGUUAUUUCUUCAAAGCUUUUAAUGCUCAACAUUACUCGGCAUGAAAUACUUUAAUAGGGUUAAGUGUCUUAAAUCAGUUUAGUCUUGUUAUCAAUUUGGAUAAUAUUUUAACUCCUUAUUUCUCCUUUGUUUGCAUGUGAAAUCCGCUCGAGUUCACUACGAACUCCUAUCUUCUCUCUUGCAUUUCGGGGGGAGCCUUAAGGGCUCAAAUUCCUUUUUCAUCGAGUCGGCCAGCCUAUUAAGAAUCGAUGAACAGGUUUCGAAGUUGAAAGAAAAGUAGAGCAGAUCGGGAGUUGAAAAGGAUUGGGCCAAAAGCCCGCCUCUAUUAUUUCUGAAUUGUAUUUUGUUAUAUUGGGCCUAAGCCCCCUCGUCAUUAUAUAUUAUUAUUGCGUUAGUUCUUAGGACAGGUGAAAUUUGGGCCAGAGGCCCAAAGGAAAUUAUUUCUUUUAAUUUUGGACAGGUGCCGCUCAAAUGGGCCUUUGGCCUAAAACGAAAAUGGGCCCAAGUGCUGGCCUAGGCGGACAGAAAACCAGACUUGGGCCCAAAUUCCCCUUUUUUACUUUAUUAGUGUUUAUUUGUCAAUGUGUUACUAAAUCUUAAGGUUUUAAAACUCAAA